GUUACCACACCAAUAUGCCAUACCUUGUACUGGCGUCGGGAAGGCAAGAGACCUCGGUCCAGAUGAUUCUUGAUGACGUCAUGUCACGUCAGCCGGAUCCUGAGGAGAUCGCGUUGCUCCACAAUAUUUUCAAGAACUGUAUCGGCCAGCACUUGAUUCGAGGAUAUGGAGUGUACUCAGGCACUAACGAAAAGGUUACCACACAUAGUAAAAAGAUGGACUACUGUGAAGGUGAAAAACGUCCGUUAUGGUUUGUGUACAGCGGUAUGGGAUCUCAAUGGGCCGGGAUGGGAAAACAACUCAUGAGGAUACCUCUCUUCGCUAAGUCGAUCCAAAAGAGUCAUAAAAUUCUGGAACCAAAAGGGUUAGAUCUCAUCAAAAUCAUAACAACUGAGGACGAGGCGAUAUUUGACAACAUCUUGCACUCCUUCGUUGGUAUCGCCGCCAUACAAAUCGCUUUGACUGACAUUUUGAAAGCCGUUGGAUUGGUUCCAGACAAUAUUAUUGGUGAGUGA